CUAAAACGAUAUGUAACAUCCUCGCCCUUAUCAAUGGGACACAUGGCGCCGUAUAAAAGAUUUUCGCAUAUAUCGGAGACUUCCUUGGCAAAUUACAGCGCAACUAUCCUGGGCUGCAAGUGGAUCCCACCAAAAAUGGAGGCUUUAUCAUUAGUGGUGUUGUGAACAAAAUUAAUAAAUGGAUUCGCCUGAAACUUUAUCUACCUCAUUAUCCAGAACUGCGAGAUUUUAAGCUAUAUGUGAUGGAACAAUUAGAAUAUAAGCUAUACAACAGUGCGUGCCUAGAAAUAAAACCAGGCUGGCAACUGGAGGACUUGUUGGCGCAUUUGGACGAGCUGCUACCCAAGCAAAAAGUCAAAGAUAUGGACAGAGGCUUGGCAACAAAGAGCAGCAAUAUUUAUGCAGAGAUUGUAAAACUGCACAAGCCUCAAAAGUAUCGCAUGGAGUUGAAUGAGGCUUACACGCGUUUGCGCUUCAGCAGAUUUGUUGAAUUUGAGGCACAUUAUCUGGAAUUGGAGCUACCAACGCUACGUUUGCUGCAACAUAGUUUACCCGAGUGUGUAGCCUUGGCAAACAUUCUGGCAAAUAAGGCACCCACGCUAACAGACGUCUUGAAUCUCUAUCUAAGGCUAUUGGAGGAACUGCGUCCAUUUUAUGACAGCUUUGUGGAUAUAGACGAGCUGUGUGAUGUGCUGCAGCCAUAUCCUAUAACGACAAAACAUAAUACGCGUGUGUUUCCAUUGAAAGAGCGUGUAUAUCUCAAGCUUAGCAUUGCGGAUCCGUUUGCUAGCUAUGGCUCAAUGGCUAUAGAGAUCAUAGGACCAACAGAGGACGUGGCACAAUUGCGUCAUGUGCUUAGCGAUGGCCUGAGCAGCUGGGACAUGGAACUAGAUAUGCAUAAGAAUCUUCUGCGCAUCUUCGACUUGUGUUAUUUUCCCAUGCCCGCCACAGUCGAACUGGGAGAGACGCAGCGGGCAGCAGAUGAUCAGCAGCUAUGUAACAUUUGCUAUGUUUAUCGCCUGGACAGCGGUGAGGUGCCAAUUGUUUCAUGCGAUAAUCAGCGUUGUGUGCUCAAAUGUCAUGCAGCCUGUCUGAAGGAGUGGUUCGAUACGCUGGCAGAUGGCAAAACCUUUCUGGAGGUAUCCUUUGGCCAGUGUCCUUACUGCAAAGGGAAACUAUCCACUUCCUUUGCUGCGUUGCUAAAAAACUAAUCCGAAUCUUUUGCGCUUAUGUUAAACACGAAUCUCUUGGCAUGCAGUUUAUUUGUAUAUUUAUUAACUACGCACAUUGUAAACGAAUAAGACGUGAGUUACAUAAAUGUACAGUAAGAUUAAA